AUGAAAAAGAGUUAUGCAGACAAUAGAAGGAAGGAUUUGGAGUUUUCGAUUGGAGAUCAAGUUUUCCUUAAGAUCACACCUCUGAAAGCAAGUCUGAUGGCAGGAAAAGGAAAGAAGUUGCAACCAAGAUUCGUAAGGAUUUAUAAGAUUCUCCAACGUGUGGGAAACGUGGCAUAUAAGUUGGAACCGCCACCAAGUUUAACUCGAAUUCAUAACAUUUUUCAUGUGUCUAUACUCAAGAAAUAUUAUCCAGACCCGUCUCAUGUACUGCAACCGAAAAAUAUUGAGAUUGACGAGACACUGACUUAUGAGGAGAGACCGAUGAAGCUUUUGGGAUCGUAA